AUCCACCCGAUGGUUUUCAAGAUCCACCCGAAGGUUUCCAAGAUCCACCCGAAGGUUUUCAAGAUCUACCCGAAGGUUUCCAAGAUCCACUCGAAGGCUUCCAAGAUCUACCCGAUGCCAUUCGCCAUCAAGUUUCACCAUCCAUCAUCAAGUUUCACACUUCCGCCAUCAAGUUUCACACUUCCACCAUCGAGUUUCACACUUCCACAUCGAGUUUCACACUUCCACCAUCAAGUUUCACACUUCCACCAUCAAAUCCACCCGAUAAUUUCCAAGAUUCACCUGAUGGUUUCCAAGAUCCACCCGAAGGUUUCCAAGAUCUACCCGAAGGUUUUCAAGAUCCACCCGAAGGCUUCCAAGAUCCACCCGAUGAUUUUCAAGAUUCAUCCGAUGGUUUCCAAGAUCUACCUGAUGGUUUCCAAGAUUCACUCGAUGAUUUCCAAGAUUCAAUUUUUGAUGCCCGAUUA